AACAGAGAAGAUAAUAAACACGGUGCAUGAUCAGUUCCCACAUGGAUAGAAAAGCCUAUUGCCAGAAAGAAAGGGCUUGGUCCUCUGAGGAAGACGAAAUCCUUGUAAACUACAUUCAAGUUCAUGGAGAAGGAAAUUGGAGAGACAUUUCCAUAAGAGCUGGUUUGGAGCGAUGUGGUAAGAGUUGCAAACACCGAUGGUUGAACUAUCUCAAGCCAACCAUGCAUAGAGGAAACAUUUCUGUGGAAGAAAAGGAACUCAUAAUCAGACUGCAUAAGCUCUUGGGAAAUAGAUGGUCCAUGAUAGCUGGAAGAUUACCAGGACGCAGUGCAGACGAAAUAGAGAACUAUUGGAAUACCUAUUUGAGCAAUGAGGUAGAAGAGAAGCAAAACAACACCACACUUCCAAGCACCAAUAUGACAACUACUAGCAUGCUUACUAUUGAAUCUCCUUUGGCUGGCAAUUGCAUGGAGUCUCUCCCUGCUGUGAUUAAACCUAAAGUUGUGAGGCUAAAGAGGUGAUCAAAACCCUUUUGUAUCCACUUCAUAAAAUCACCAUGGUUAUUGUUUAGCCCCUUCCUUGGUGAAAUAAAGGCCUAAGAAUAACAAGGUUGGUGGUAAGUUCUUUUCACUAUGUGCAUUUGCUUUUAUUAAUUAGUUCUGAAAAUGAAUAAAACUAUCAUCAUUCACAAUAUGCAUGAAGCAAAUUUAUAUAUAUGAAGGUUUAAUUGGAGUCAGACUAUUGACAUCUCAAUGUAUCUAUUUACAUUUCCAACCUUUUAGUUUUA